AUGCCCCCAAAUGUGGGUAACGGGGGUCCCACCAAAAGACGACGUAUCGAGCUGGUUGAUCCUUUACUUCAGCCAUACCAAGUAUAUCAAGCUGAUUCAAAUGGGGAAAGCUCGGCCCAGGGCACAGAUUCAUCAAUAUCUGGUCCUAAGUCGAAAAAGAAAUCAAAAGGCCCGAAACGAUUAACGACAUUGACCGCACGAAUGACGGCGCAAUAUACCUCAAAAAAUGCAAAUGACGAUGGCUCCGCUAGUGAUGGACUUCAGCCCACCAGAAAGACUAUUUCUAAACGACGAGGCAAAGGCAAAAUGGCGGAGGAUGAAGUUUUGUUUACCGUUCUUUCACCCGAAACAGCUUUCAGGUCUUUGGAGAAUCAAGAUCUCGUCUUUGGUACUUGCAGUCAACUCGAACGAGAGGAUUCACCGCACACACUGGACGAAAUGCAACAAGCUAUUCGUGCAUCCGAGAAGCUUGCUUUUGACGGAAGCCAGCAGACUGCAACAGCCAAGGCCGUUUCGAAGGGCCAUGUGUCCUACCUGCCCGGUACAAGGAACCUUUGGCAGUCUGCCGCGCGGAGUACUGAAGGGUCACUGGUCCAGGCUCAAAGGAUGGACGGCGUUAAGCUGGCAGGUUCAGCAGGAGCGUGCAAGGAACUAAAUGCCCAAACAAAAAGAUCAUUGAACUGGGAAGAUGAUGAUGACUGGUUUGAGCUUGACUAUGGCAAGUCCAAGCCUUCCCCAAAGCAGAAGACGCCAUUGAGGGUCAAUAAAUCAAAGUCUACAGCCGUUCCUGUGCCCUUGGAGCCCCAGGCGCCGCCGGUACAGGCUGAUGAAGCUACUAGUGCGAAGACGAAUCCUAACCAGGAGGCAGUCUCUCAACAGCCACCGAUGCCUCACUAUAGCGGAUUCACAGACGCUGAGCUCACCAAACAGGUUGCGGCCUUUGGCUUCAAGUCAGUAAGGGGUCGUAAGAAGAUGAUUGAGCUGUUACAGAAGUGCUGGGAGUCGAAACAUCGCAAUGGUAGUAGAACUACCCUUGUGCAGUCACAGCCCCAGCCUUCGUCACAAACCGACAAUGAUACGAGGCUCCCCAAUUCUACCCAGCCGCAUAGCCAGGAUCUUGCCCCGCAAUCGGAGACACUGAAAGCAGCUACUCGGCCCAAAGGCCAGACCAAGAAAAAACCAGCAUCAGCACCAAGUGCAUCUUCACGCUCAGUACAAACCGAUACACGAACAGAAACCUCGGUCUCUGCCAACCCCAAGAAAGCUUCCAAUCAUACGGGCAGAAGCUCUCAUGUUUGGACAUCGUCAUUCAUAGAUGUCAAAGAGAUUCAAGACUCCGAGGACGAGACCGCUCCGUCGCCUAGUCAAGUCCCAAAGCGUUACCGGGAGAUAUUGUUCACCACUUCUGAUCUUGCUCCCGAACCAUCUCUGGAAAUUCGAACCAAGGAAUUGACUACAGGUCCCAAAGCGGUUGUCUCUAAAUCUAAAUUCAAAACCAAGUCCUCUUCAUCUGUCCCCGUCAAGUCCGACAAACCGGCUCUUUCGAAGUGCAGCAGUUUACCCGAUCUCGCUUUCCAGAUCACUAAAGCCGUACGCUCCCAACAUCUGCUGUCGCCCCUCUCAUCUUCAACUGGAAGCCGAAGCCGCCCAACGUGGCACGAGAAGAUCCUCAUGUACGACUCAGUUAUUCUGGAAGAUUUCACAACAUGGCUAAAUGUCGAAGGACUUGGGCUUGUUGGGGAGGACAGGGAAGUUCAUGCUGCAGCGGCUAGGGAAUGGUGUGAAAACAAGGGGAUCUGCUGUUGCUGGAAGAAUAAUGCUAGUUGGUGA